AUUCUCAACCUCUCUCCCCAUCAAUAGAUUAAAGUGGCAGUCUUAGCCCCGGUUGUUAGAGAGUAAAUCCCACUGCGCUCUCUGGGUCCCACUGCUGAAAUAAACAUGAACGAUGGAAUAUUUUCCUCUUAAUUUAGAAAACUUUUCUGCAGUAAGAGGAGAGCUGUCCUUUCAAAAGCUGUAACUUUAGUUGCUUAGCGUGCCAUUUAUGAGAAAAUUCUGUUGCUCCAUAUCCAUUUCUCCCCCUUCCUUAUAACAUCUAAGUAGGCACAAUUUGUGGCAUGGUGCCAUCAUGUUGCACAUUUCUCCAUUGGUUGGCAACUGGUUUUGCGGCAUUGCACAGUCCAUAUGACAUCACUGCUCACAUUUUAUUUACCUAGAUCAGGGAUGGGGAAACCCUUUUCAGUCUGAGGGCUGCAUUUCCUUCUGUGCAACCUCGUGGGGGCAGCAAACCAAUAGGCAGAGCAAAUCAUGCAAAUUUUACCUUAGUACAGUAGGCUAGUUCAUCCACACAGUCAUGCAUCCCUCUAUCCUUUAUCUAAGCAAGAAAAUGGCAUCAUCAGAGUUCAAGAACACUAGGCAAAAGCACUCAAGGGGUGCAUGAAAUUGGGCUGGGAAGGGAAUGUUGCCUUGGAGAGCUACAUCCUCUCCCCCCCCCCAGCAACCAGACCUAGAUGUUGCAAGCAAGAGGGGGCAAGUUCAAUGGGACUUACUCCUGGGUGAGUGUGUAUAGGACUGCAGCUUCAGUCUACCCAUUAGUAGACACCCUGCUAUAUUUUCUCCAGGCAUUGAUGACAUAUAUGUGGUAGGUGUCAGCUGCUCUCCAUGCAUGGCAGAAAUGCAGCAUUCACUGGAAAAACCGACGUUGUCUGUACAUGAUACAUUUAUUAGAACUGUUAUUUUAGAUGGGUGCAUUUAUCACAGCAGACAGGAAGGCAAUGAGUUAUGAACAAUGCUGGUCUGUUCCGAUGUUUGCCAUUUUCUUUGACUGUAUACACCCGAAUGCUGCCUCCUUGGUCUGACACGAGCAGUGUGUUGGAACCAGCCAAAUAAGAUACGAAUUAUUAUUAUUAUUAUUAUUUAAAAAGUGUUCCCUUUAAAAACAUUGAUUCUGUUGUAGUGGGUCAGAUCUGUAUGAGCUGUACAGAACUUAGAAUUUUACCAUGUAAGGCUUUUUCUAGCCAUGGGAGUUUCAAUGUGGGCUUUCUGCGGGCAUCUUAUGAUACAUGUUCCCAAACUACCAGAAUAAAUUGUGUAGAUGUGUGUGCCAGUUAGAAGAAUCUCUUCUAUUAAAGGUAUGUGCAGAUCCUGUAACAACAGGAUGUUUUUGCAUUUAGGGCAGAACUGUACAUCAUUGCCCAUCACUCCUAACACAGGACGCUUGAAAAGCCAAGGCAGAAGGCAAAAUCACCCUCACUCCCUACUUCACAGAAUAAUUAGUAACCAUGACGACAGAGACGGGCCCAGAUUCGGAGGUGAAGAAUGCCCAAGAGGAAACUCCACAGCAGCCUCCAGAGGAGGCAGCGAGUGGGCCGAACGCAGUGACCGGUGGCUCCACACCCACGGCAAACAGCCAGGAAGCCGAGACGAAUGAGAAGCCGGGAGCCCACAGCGACUCUAAGCAUGCGGAGCGGGCUGUGGACAUGGAUGAAAAAGACUACAGUGAAGCAGAUGGAAUAUCUGAGAAAACCACUCCCAGCAAGACCCAGAAAUCCCCUCAGAAAGUCACCAAGAAGCUCAAGAGUGCCAUCUGCAGAGUGACCCUACUUGAUGCCUCAGAGUAUGAAUGUGAAGUGGAGAAACAUGCCCGGGGCCAGGUGCUCUUUGACCUAGUCUGUGAGCACCUCAACCUCCUGGAGAAGGAUUAUUUUGGACUUACAUUCUGUGACUCAGAUAGUCAGAAGAACUGGUUGGAUCCCUCUAAGGAAAUAAAGAAACAGAUUCGCAGUGGCCCCUGGAACUUUGCCUUCACUGUCAAGUUUUACCCACCAGACCCUGCCCAGCUUACAGAGGACAUCACAAGAUACUACCUGUGCCUACAGCUCCGAUCAGACAUCAUCAGUGGGCGCCUCCCAUGUUCCUUCGUUACGCAUGCAUUACUGGGCUCCUAUGCUGUACAAGCUGAACUGGGAGAUUAUGACGUCGAGGAGCACGUGGGCAAUUACGUUGGUGAGCUUCGUUUUGCACCAAACCAAACUAGGGAGCUGGAAGAGCGUAUCAUGGAGCUGCAUAAGACUUACCGGGGCAUGACACCUGGAGAGGCAGAAAUUCACUUCCUGGAGAAUGCCAAGAAGCUUUCCAUGUAUGGAGUUGACCUGCAUCAUGCCAAGGAUUCAGAAGGCAUUGACAUCAUGCUAGGUGUUUGUGCCAACGGCCUCCUCAUUUAUAGGGACAGGCUGAGAAUAAACCGUUUUGCCUGGCCCAAGAUCCUCAAGAUUUCAUACAAGAGGAGUAAUUUCUACAUCAAAAUUCGACCUGGUGAGUAUGAGCAGUUUGAGAGUACCAUUGGCUUCAAACUGCCCAACCACCGCUCGGCCAAGAGACUCUGGAAAGUUUGCAUUGAGCACCACACGUUCUUCAGGUUAGUGUCCCCGGAGCCUCCCCCAAAGGGCUUCCUAGUCAUGGGCUCUAAGUUCCGCUACAGUGGGCGAACACAGGCUCAAACGCGACAGGCCAGCGCCCUGAUCGAUCGUCCUGCCCCCUACUUCGAGCGCUCCUCCAGCAAACGGUACACCAUGUCUCGCAGCCUCGAUGGAGAAUUCUCUCGCCCAGCUUCAGUCAGCGAGAAUCACGAUGGAGGGACAGAGUCAGACAGGAGAGACGAAGACAGCAGGUAUGGAGGAAGAACGCGGUCCGAGACCGAGGAUGAAGAGGUGACCACCCCAACAAAAAUCAAGGAGCUGAAGUUUUUAGACAAACCGGAAGAUGUUUUGCUAAAGCACCAGGCCAGCAUCAACGAGUUGAAGAGGACACUGAAGGAACCUAACAGCAAACUCGUGCACAGGGACCGGGAUAGGAGGCUGCCUUCCUCACCUGCCUCUUCCUCGCCCAAACAUGAGGAUGAGACACCAAGGGGAACCCCAGAGAAGGCCAACGAGAUGUCAGAAGAGGAUUCUCCAGAGGAUCUGUCAUCUGAGCAUGGAGCUGCCUUAAUCAUGGAGUCUUUUACACAGAAAAGCCAUGUUUCUUCUCCUGAGGGUUCAGAGCAUUGGGUAUUUAUAGAAAGAGAAACUUCUGGGCUGGAAGAGCUAGCACUAAAACAAAUAGUUGAGACCCAGAAAGAAGAGGCGCAUGCAGGUCCUUCAGAGAAGCAUCCAGAUUUGGAUCUAACAAAAGUGACCACUGCUGUGAGGGAACUCAAAGCAGCAGCAAAGCGAGAAGAGGAAGCAAGAGAGGAAGGCAGAGCACGUAUUCGGGAAAAAGCCAAAAUGAUAGCCAGCCCAGAAGAUUUUGAAUCGUUAUGGGAUUAUGAUGAUGUGUACGAGAGAGAUAACAGGAAACACUCUUCUGAGACAGAUGGACAAUCUACUGAGGAGACAGAUGAGCAGAAGGAUAAAAUGGAGACGGUGGUGAUAGCCUCCACUCACCCUGAGGAGGCAGAACAGAAAGACCAAAAAGAGGCAGUGGUGGUAGCUUCCACUAAACUUGAGGAGAAAGGAGAACAGAAAGACAAAAUGGAAGCCGCAGUGGUAGCUUCUACCACUCUUGAGCAGCCACCUCGCCACCUCCAAGGACCAACAGAAAGGAGUACCAUACCUGAAGGUUUCCAAGUUGAAGAAGGACAAAUACAUGCCUCAGAAUCUCCAAACAAACAAAGCAGAACUAUAAUACAAGAACACAGGACUACUUUGACUCUGUCAGACAAAGAGGUGUUCAGAAUUACCUCAGAUUCUGAGACUGUUAGAACUAAGGUGAAGAUGGUAUCUUCUGCUGCAGAAAGGAUAAUCUAUUUGGGGUCUGAAGAAACUGAUGAAAAAGAUGGUGAUAAGAUCAAUACAGUACCUGCCAGAGAAAAGCCCGGCUCAUCUGAAGGCAGGCAGGAAAACCAGACAGAGUCAUUAGAUGAAAAAGAGAAGAGCCCCAGUUUUGCACCAGCUUCAGGUGCAACAGAGAUCAAGGAAGACGAUGAGUUCCAAUCCAGGUCAUCCACAUACGGGGGAGGACAAUCGGAGCUCAGUAAAGCAAUUAUAAAAUCAGAUUUGAUUGACAAAGUUGCAGAGAAUGGUAAAAAGAUACAUACCGCAGAGUCAUGUGCUUAUGAGAAAGAAGAGCAUUCAUCAACUCCAGAGAAAAAAGCUUCGGUGGAACCAACUGAUUAUGGAACAAAAGAUUACAGAGAAUUCAAUGCACAUCUUUCUAUAGAAGAAUUCAGCCAAAGCGUUUUCCAUUUAUCGAUGCCACAGCCAAAAUCUGGGUCCCCAACAAAAGAAACAGCAGCUUAUCUCUCCUGUGGGCAAGAACAGGGAGCAGAUGAAACUCACAGUAUUCUUCAAGAAUGUGGAGAAGAAUCUGACAAGAAGGAAGCUGAUACUGCCAUGGAAAAAGUAGGUUUGACAUUCAGAACUUCAGAAACUCAAAGAGAAAUUAAUAAAUUAGAAGAAACUGAAACUUCUCAAAUAUUCCUUCAAAUGGAAGCCAUAGAGAUUACGAAAUCCACCCUGGGUUUCUCACUACAGCAUCUUUCCUGUACUACAGAAAUUUCAGAUGAAGAGCAGAGUAAACCACAGGAUGCAAAACCAGGAGAAUUGCCCCAGGAUGAAACCCCUGAUUCAAGCCAGCCUCCCCAUGACAAAUUAUCUGAAGUUCAAAGUAAAUGCACCACAUCAGAAAUCUCUUCUAAGGACAAACACCCUGAAUUGGAAGAGUUGGCUAAAGAGGAUGACCAUGAAUUGGAAGUUGUAGAUAAACAGAGACUCCAAGAACUGGAAGAUGCAGCCAAUGCCAACCAUAUUGAAGUGAAGCAGAUGAUGAAAAAUAAGCCUACUCUGUCUGAAGAGUCAACUAAAAAUGAGCCAUCAACUUUGGAUAAACUCUCAGAAUUGAAAGAGACGGCUCAGGGUGCUCCCUCUGAGGCUGAAGAGUUAGAUACAGAUGUAUUGGAUAAGUUGGCUAAAGAUAAAGAAUUGGAUAGCCACGUAAAAGUAGAAGUGGUGACUAAGGAUAAAAUCAAAGACUUGAAAGGCUCAGCUUUGGAUGAACUCUAUGAAAUGGAAGAGGUAGCCAAAGAUAAUCUCAAAGAAACAGAGGGUGUAACUCUAGACUUGGAAGAGUUGACUAGGGAUAAAUUCUCCAACUUGAAACAGCCACCCAGGGAUGACAUUUUAUCCCAGGCUGGCCCUCCUGGUUCUAAACCUCCAGAAUCAAGAGACACAUUCCAGGAUAAAUCUUCUUUGGAAGACGGAACUGAAGCCACCCAUACCGUCUCUCCUAAGAUUGGGCCAGCAAAAAGGAGCAAAGAAUGUCCGCAUCCUUAUCGUGCUGUAGCACAGGAAAGGGAAGAACUGCACACUGUUAUCAAGGAAGGGAAGCCAGGUCUAGAGCCACUGAAUCACAUGGCAUUUAGCACAGAUACAACUACUCCACUUCAAAAACAUCAAGAUAUAGCAGCACCUGUAGAGAACCAUGGGGGUUUAUUUCAGUAUAGAAAUGAGAUGGACCAAGAAGUCUCCGUAGCUUCUAAAAUCCGGAUGUUUGAACAAGGUGAAGUAUAUAGCCCACUUUUUGGUGAGCAACAUGCAACUCCAAAGGGGUUGUACGAGAGUUUCACUGGCGAUGAGACACCAAAGGAUCCAUCAAGGAUGCAGAUAGAGCUACAAACAGGUAUAUUUUUAGAGAACAGCUGUGCAGAUGUUGAGUUGGCCUCAGGCACUUUGGAUGGCAAAGCCCUGGAUGUGAACUACCUAGCUGUUGUACAAGGAGCAAGUGAGGGAGAACCAUCCCAGUCUUCAUCUUGGAAGGAAGAUAUUUCUGUCGGGUCAGAGCAAGAACCGGAAGAGGAUGUUGAGCUGGCUUCUCCUGAUUCUGGCUGUGAAAUCACUUUGGCCGAAGCUGUGAGCAAAUUUCAAGAACCAGCUUGGGAAGAAAAGGAUUUGUCAGGCCCAUCAGUAAAAGCCUCCCCGAAAGAAGAGGGUUUAAUGGCUGCUCCUCCAGUGGCCCCUCAGAGAGCGGGAUUGAGGGAGGGCGCAGAGGAGAAAUCUAAGCCACCUCGGCACAGGGCCCCCGAAAGUGACACUGGGGACGAGGAGCAAGACCAGGAGAGAGACUCAGUCUUCCUUAAAGACAACCACUUGGCCAUCGAGCGCAAGUGCUCAAGCAUCACGGUCAGCUCAACUUCCAGCCUUGAGGCUGAGGUGGACUUCACAGUCAUUGGCGACUACCACAGUGCCGCCUUCGAAGACUUCUCCCGGAGUUUGCCUGAGCUUGACAAGGAAAAGAGUGAGGGAGAAGCAGAGGGCGUGAUUUCUUCUGAGGAAUCGGACAAACCAGCUCCCAUGCAGGAAGAUGUUGCCAAGGAAGGGGACAAGGUUCCCCAAGUAAUCCCAGAAGAGUCCUCCAUGAAAACGGAAACUGCAAAAAAAGCAGAAUCGGAAGCCUCUGUGCAGCACAGAAUCACUGCAACAGAAAUUACGCAGGUUGAUGGUACCACCACAGGCGGAAAGGAGACAAUAACCACUUCCCAUAUUGUCAGCACGGAAACCAUAUCAACAACCUCAGAUCACAGCACCAAGGCUGGGAAGGGAACAACAGACCAUCGCUCCAUCUCUCCAAUCACCAGCAGUGCUGUUGGGAAAGAAGCCUUCUCCAGUCUUUUUGGUGCCACAGCAGAAACCCUCUCCACCUCCACAACCACUCAUGUUACCAAGACUGUGAAAGGAGGAUUUUCUGAAACCAGAAUAGAAAAGCGAAUCAUCAUAACAGGAGAUGAAGAUGUGGACCAAGACCAGGCUUUGGCUUUGGCAAUCAAGGAGGCAAAACUGCAGCAUCCUGACAUGCUGGUAACCAAAGCCGUAGUAUAUAGAGAAACAGAACCAUCUCCAGAGGAAAGGGACAAGAAACCUCAGGUAUGCAAAGAUGGGGGAAGUCGGCCCUAUAAGAUGUAACUUCUAGCUUACUAUAGAGGCCAGGCAACAUAGGAGAAUAAAAGAACAAUACACAAAUUGGGUAUGUUGUAGUUGUCAAAAGAGGCAGACCUCUACUGAGAAAGAAUGCCUCCCCUCAAAAGACAACAGCCCUCCAAACUUCAGCCACACCAAUAUGUGCUUGGUUAGGUGGUUAUCAUGGCCAUGGCAAAGUGGUGAGCUGCAGCAUAAAGCUAUAUCUUUUAUUUAGCUUUGGGUAAAGGGCAAACCUUUGCAACUGGAUGACCAGUAAUUUUCAGUGGGAACCCUGAAGUUCCUUGAAUGGUUAGAAGAGGUGCCUCCUUGGGAAGCUAGCUCCCAGAACCAAGCUUCCCAAAAGACAGCUUGCUCAUCAUUACUGCACUUUCUCUGUGAUGUGCAUCUGCAGAAAAAUGUUGGGCCCUUUCUACAGCACAUCACACAGCGCAAAAGCUAGGCCUGGCUGACAGUCUGUGCUGACCGAGGGUAUCACCCCAGAACAUACUCUAGAAUCCACUGCAACAUGCAGAAAUUCCACAGCUGAUGUGUAGGUUUCAAAAUGACAGCGCCCCAUUGCAUCAUUAUAGCAAAAGGUGUCCCAGAAAACCAAACUGCUAGAGACAGUCUUGCUUAUUGCCUUGAUAAAAUGCUUACAUUGUGCUUUCUCCUUCCUUUCAUUCUGGUACAGGAAUCUUGACCUUCGUGUUUCUAAAAGUUGGCAUCUCUAUUUUAACUUUGGAGUAAAAGAAGGGGCCUUUAUGCUGGAUUCCUCAAUGAGACAUAGAACGUCCUGGCUGCAAGAAUAAUGUUGAGAGACAAAAAAAUAAAAAUAAAAAAGGAAUAGCAAAUAUAUUAUAUAUUAUAUAUACAGGAAACAAAAUGCAUCCUUGCACUGCUGCUAUAUGCUGGAGAUGAAUUACAGACAGCAACAUCAGCAACAAACAAAAAACCAACCACCUCUUCAAAUAAAUUGAAGAAUUGACUGGACUGAUCUAAAAGAAAGAGAAAAAAAAGUCACGAUGGUAAUAAUAUUAUUAUUAACAAUACAAUAAACCACCAUCCUGCAUGUUACAUUUAAAGGAUACAUAACUCAUUUGUUGCACACUGAAUGGAAAAGCAAGAAUGCUUUGCAACAAAGCAAGAAACCAACAAGCAAAACAAGCAGAAAUACAAAUUGAUUCCCUGCAUAGGAAUGAAUCAAAAACCAUUCACUUGUAUAAUUCUUGUUUAAUUAUUUUCUGAUUUGGGAUGUGUGGUGAUCACCCUUUCUCCCCACUUCCAUGCCACUUCUGUUGCUUCAUCUUUGGUUCUGUUAUUUCCCCAAACUGCCCCUCCUUUCUCAACCUUUCGUCCCCCCACAUCCGGUUCUUUGUUCUUCUGAAGAUCAUUAAGACUGGAUUUCACUUAAAACAAAUCAAAAUAUGAAUAUGAUUUCUAUAUUUGAUCAAAAUCCAGCCUGUAGAGGUUUCAUAUGGAUGUGCUUUUAAGUUAUGUAUAUUAUAUAUAACUGGGGAGGGUGGGGAACGAUAUUAAAACAAAUUAAACAGUGCUGAUAAGUAUGACAAUGGCAUUUUUACAUUAUAAUUAUUUGAUUGACCGUGGUUGAUGUAUUAUAAGACUCUUAGAUCAUGCCAAUAUCCCAUGAAAACAGAGUAGGAAGAAAACAAACACUAAUUAUCUCUGCUGGCCAUAUUUGUCUGCUCUGUGCUCUUGUUAAAGGGACUGACAUAGUGACACAGUAGUGUUUAUAAUUGGUUGGUUGGUGAUAAGGCACCAUUCAGCAACCUGGAGAGGGAGUCGAGGAAGAAUGGAUCAGUGUUACUGCAGCCCAGUUAGUCACUUAAGCGUGCCAAGGUUUCCCUCCUCCCCUGGGCCCAGGAGACUGAGGUCACCUUGGGGGCAUUAGGUCAGAUUGCUUCAUUCACAGCCUUUCAGUAUCUAGUAGGCUUUGAUCUCUCGGACCUAAAUAUUUACCUGUAGCAAAGAUGCCCUGUGUGUCCGUUUUUCAAAACUAUAAAGUGGUUCCUUCAGACCUACUGGCCACAGGACUCAGCCUUCCAAAGGGAGUGUCCAGGUCAAAGAAGGAGGCAUCCCCAUCGUGCUUGCUGUAUGCUGCAUGACUGUGUUUGGCCAGGGUGACACUAGCUUCUGUGGAGAGUGUCCGGCAGGUGGGGAACCAGGGUGAAAACAUCAUGGCUUCCUUCUAAGCACUGUCAACCUAGAACCAGAGGACAAGUGAAGCGCUGGCUCUUUGAAAGUACAUCCAUUCAGUUACAGAAAGGGACAACCAGUGCACACCAUAAGGGCAGGCGCUGCUCGUGGAUGAGGAAGGCAUCAAAUGGAACUUGCUCUGCUACAAAUGGAACCUGGUACUUGGAAGGUUUCCUUCACUGCUUUCCACAAAUUGCCUUCAUCCACUGUUUGAGGGAGAGUGACAGCAGAUGCAUAAUGUUAAGGGGGACAAACCAAAAUGAACCAGUGAAGUAGCCGGUGGCUCCAGACAUUGAGAAAGAGAAACAAAUAUUGCACCAUGCUUGCCUUUUUACAUCUCCCCUCCUCAACACACAUAUGAUAGCUGGAGAAGGACACUUAAUUAGUGUCUGUGAUUGGGAUCUAGAGGUCUUAGGGUAAAAGGGCCUCCUUGAAAAUAGUCAAGUGGAUGUUUCCCAUACAGUAAACUGCUACAAUAGAAAGCAUGCUACAAUAGAAAGCAUGGGGUCAUUGGUCUUUACAGUUCCCUAAACCUGGAUCUGCUUCUGGCAUGCAGACAUGUCCUACAUAAAGCACUGAGAACAUAAACGGACUUCUUUCUUUGAUGUAGAAGUCAUUGCCACUUCUGUAUCCAACUGUAUGCUUCUCUCCCUGAGUUUUAUUUCAGGAUUGUUAUUAAUUUGUUCACUUCCUGUUGCUCAUAGGGAUCCUGUAAUACCCCAGAACCGAAAAGCAAAGAAAUAGCACAUAUGGAUGUGAACUACAUAGAACUCUAAAUUGAUCUUAACAGAACACAAAAAAGCUUGUGCUCUUAAUUUUAAGAAUAACCAAGACCCAGGGGGAUCUUGGUGAUAUUGUUACAGGGAAUUCGGGGGUAGAGGUAACCCUCCCUUCUCAAACUUUGCAUUUUGAUUUUGACUUUCAAAAAAAGAAAAAAAUGUCAGCUCAAAAGUCACCGUUGAGUAGCUAGAUGGAAAGCAUAUUCCCACUUACACUGGUAUACAUUGGGAUAAGUGAGUCAGCCACUCAAAUCUGUGGAGGUAAACAACAUCAAGCCCAACAUGUUCAUGAUCAAAAUCCAACUGGGCAAUCAGAGGAAAGCUAAAAUAGACUUGUUCCUUCAGAUUCUUCCCGCAGCUUGUCUGAUGGGUAGCCAUUAACAACAAAAAAAUAGUUUUUUUGGUUCACCUAGCAGGAUGUGGCUUAUAUAUAGACAUCUAUAUAAAUAUAUAUAAAUAUAUAUAAUAUUUAUUAUCUGUGGUAGUGUUGAAGCCAUGCAUAAUUUUUAAAGUUAUGGCUUCCUCUUACCUUAAUCUUCACUACUGCUUCCAUCAGACGCAGCUGACCACUCUUUAUUCUUUUCUUUGGGCAUUUCCCUCUGAAGGGCGUGGGAGACGAAACUGAUUGUUUGCGCCAAAUCCCUUAAGUCGAUUCCGAAACUGCCCUGCAAUUGCAUGAAUAAUAUUACUAAUUAUAUUCUUUCUUUCUUUCUUUUUUAAUUUGAGAAGCACUUUACCAACCAACUGCAACGCUCUGUCAUUCCUUCCUCACUAAUUCCGCUGGCCAUCUUGCACCCCAUUCCUCUUUUUGUCCCCCCGCCCCUUUCAGUCAUAUCCUCUUUCAGUGCUUGGUGGUGUAUGCGUGUGUGCUCACUGUUCUUGUAUUCAAUAAAAGUGAAAUAAAUGUGUUUGAUGCUCAACCACCUUGUGGCUUGCACUUUACUCCUAAGUAGAAGGGCAGUGGAGAGACUCAAGGGGGUUAGCUUGGGAAUUCAGGACCCUAGGUUCUGGCACAAACUAUCGUCCCAGUGAUUUUGAGAGAUGGUUCAGACAUUCUUCAGAAGGGUGCAGGCUUCAAUGGGAAGACUUGCUUGGACGACAAUGUCGACAGAGCACCAGAUUGUGAGGACACCGUAAGAUAGUCUUGCCCUACAUGUCCGCACUCUUGCACCAAGUCUCCAGCUUUCCAGCUCCCAUUUCUGAGCUCGCCUCUUCCCCAUGCCUAUUCUUUGUCCUCAGUUGCUCAUGCUCAAUUCUGCUGCUAUUAUUCCCAUUUGUCUGUCCUAUUUCUAAGGGAUACGUUAUUCCAGUUUUCCUGCCAUUCCAAUUACUACAUUUUUAAAAAGAUCUCUGUGGUGGGAAGGUUGUGCUGUAUGUACUGUAUGGCUUUUCAGUAUGAAUUAUUUCAUCAGGCCUGCAUCUGAAAUCAACAACAAAAUCCAGGGUGCAUACAUAGCUACAUAAAAACGAGACAGUAUUUGGGGGGGGGAGGGGUUGUUUCACCCUGUAUAUAUUGAUCCUGACUUCACUCUUCAAAUAACAUAUGCCUGUUCAGCAAAUGCCAAUUUCAGGCUGGCAGAGGUGGUCUGUUUUUGUGUUUAACGCAGGGGUGGGGGAUUUGUUGUCUUCCACAUGUUCUUGGACUGAAACACCCAAUCAGCUCCAGCUAGCAUGGCCAAUGGUCAUGGAUGAUGGGGCAUGUAAUUUAGCAAAAUCUAAAAGUUUACAUGUUCCUCAUCCUUGGCUUAAAGCACUGUUUGUUCAAUGACACAUCUGAACAAGAAUGCACCCCUAAUCUCCGUUUGUUU